AUCUGAAAUUCCAAUUGUUAUUAUUAUUCGCAUAAUAAUAAUUCCAAUUCCAACCCUUCGGCUCCACGUCUCUGAACUUCCAAUCUCCCGGCGCCGUUUCAUAAUCUUCCGAUCCAUCCAACGUCUUUCAUAUAUUCACAGGUUCAACAAGAAGACAUGGAUGAUUGUUGUGCUGUUUGCGCCGAGCCAUUGGAAUGGGUUGCUUACGGACCUUGUUCCCACCGUGAAGUUUGUUCCACUUGUGUCGCUCGUCUCCGUUUCAUUUGCGAUGAUCGCCGUUGUUGUAUCUGUAAGACCGAAUGCAAUCUCAUCUUUGUUACAAAGGCUCUAGGAGAUUAUACAAGGGUGAUAGAUUUUUCAUCCCUGCCGUCUGAGGUAAAGGAAGGCAAGGUUGGACCAUAUUGGUAUCAUGAGGAUACCAAUGGAUUUUUUGAUGAUGUGGACCAUUACAAGAUGACCAAGGCUAUGUGCAGACUUUCAUGCAGUGAGUGUGACAAGAUGGAGGACCAACCAAAUGAUGGUCCAAGGCGGCGAGAAAGGUUUAGGAAUAUAGGGCAGCUGAAGGGUCAUUUAUUCCACCGUCAUAAGUUGCAUAUGUGCAGUUUGUGUUUGGAGGGAAGGAAGGUAUUUAUAUGUGAGCAAAAACUGUAUACUAGAGCCCAGUUGAAUCAACACAUAAGCACUGGUGAUUCCGAGGUGGAUGGAAGUGAGAGUGACAGAGGUGGUUUUAUGGGGCAUCCUAUGUGUGAAUUUUGCAGAACCCCAUUUUAUGGGGACAAUGAACUGUACACACACAUGUCUACAGAACAUUAUACUUGUCAUAUAUGCCAAAGGCAGCAUCCAGGACAGUAUGAAUACUAUAAGAAUUACGAUGACCUAGAGAUCCAUUUCCGACAACAGCAUUUCUUAUGUGAAGAUGAGGCUUGCCUUGCCAAGAAAUUUAUUGUUUUUCAAUCUGAAUCAGAGAUGAAGAGACAUAAUGCUAUGGAACAUGGAGGGCGUAUGUCACGGUCAAAGCGUAAUGCUGCUCUUCAGAUACCGACUAGUUUUCGAUAUAGACACAAUAAUGAACAGGAUCAACGUCGUGGAAGAGGCCGUACGUUUCGUCGUGAUCAUUCUGAAAAUCAACUUUACAUGGCCAUUGAAGCCAGUUUGGAGACUGCUAAUGCUGAGCAAACAUAUCGUGAGCCAGCUUCAAGUAAUGGGCAAAUUUCUUAUGAUGACAGGGAUGCAGAUAUUGAUUCCAUCAUCAAUCCAUUUGAAUCAUUAGCUACGGCAGGUUCUGAAUCAACUUCAAGAUACCGUCAGGCCGUAGGGCACAGCUCUAAACCUUUGGCAGAUUCUUCCUUUCCUCCACUUCCCGUAACUUCCAGCAAUGGCAAGCAAGGGUCCAAACAUGAGUUUGAAGGUUCAUCAAGCAAUCAGGCCUUAGGGCACAGCUCUAAACCUUUGGCAGGUUCUUCCUUUCCUCCACUUCCUGUAACUUCCAGCAAUGGCAAGCAAGGGUCCAAACAUGAGUUUGAAGGUUCAUCAAGCAAUACCUUGGCAGCACGUUUACGUCGGCAUGGGAACAAAAAUAUAUCUGUUAUUAAUUCUGGAAAUGCCUGGUCUGUACCAGGCCGUGGACCUGUACAACCAUCAAGUACUCCUUCGCAAUCUAAAAAGUCAAAAAAUCGUGCUCUUGGAGGGUCUCAGAAUUCUGUCCAGACAAAGACAGUAAUCAACAACGUAAUUCCACCAUCAAGUUAUGCUAAUACUAUUCAAGCUGCACAGAGAACUGCUAAUGGUAGAAUCGUUCAUUCCGCAUCAGCUCCAAACCUCGUUGAGAACAACCCUGUUGGAGUUUCAAUUUCUGAUUUUCCUCCAGUUUCUGCUGCACAAGGGAGCAAGUUACCUAUCAGUAGCCAGCCUCCAUUGAAUGUGGAAAGUGUUCAGUCUGCCAACAAGUCCUUGGUUGAGAAAAUUCGCAGUGCGCUUGAUUUUGAUGAAGAUAGAUACACAAUAUUUAAAGACAUAUCUGCUCAAUAUCGCCAAGGCACAAUAGAUACUGAUACAUAUGUGGAUUAUGUGCAGCAGUUUGGCUUGUUUGAACUUGUACCUGAGUUGGCAAGACUAUGCCCGGAUCCGCGGAAGCAGAAAGAACUUGUGGAAUCUUACAAUGCUGGUUUGCAUAGAAAUGCUUUUCUAGAAAAUGACAGGGUUUAUGGCAGUGCUAGCACCCAGCGUAAGGACAAUAAUGUCGACAAGAAAGGUAAAGGUAAGUCAUUAGAGGUUAGGCGGAGUAACUCCACCGAGAGGUUAGCAGAUAGCUUUUUAAACACUGUACAUCAACUACAGUCAAAUUAUAAACCUUCAGAAGAGAAGUUGGAGGUGCUAUCAAAGGGUGCUUAUCGCACAGACAAAGGUAAAUUUAAAAUCGAGCAUCAGAUCGGUACAAACUCUAGCAGUCAAAAUAAGGUGAAGCUUGGUGGGCAAACUGAAACGUCAAAUGACAGUUUAUCUAAUCAUCAAAAUAAAGAGGAUGGGGGUGGUGGGAACAAGCAACGCAAGAAAGCUUCGAAGUUUCUCAGAGUGCGCCUUGGUGAUGGUUCUGCUUCGGCCCUUCUAGAUCUUGAAAACUCACAGACUGCAUCUGGUCCUGGAACAGACAGUUUAGAUGGCAAUCAGAAUGAUUCUGGAGUUGGGCUGCCCGUGCGAGGUGUUUGGCGAAAGGGUGGAGGUCAAAAACUCUUCCCCUAAUUCUGCUUGACUGUGGCCUUGAAAAUCAAGCGCAUUUGAGAUGGCUUGCAAAAACCAUAGUUAAACUGGAUUGAACAUAAGGAAUUGCAUUUUUGCUUUAAACAUUUCAUGGUAUCCAAUUUGAGUUUAGAUUUCAAGUACAGCAAGCUGGCAUGCAAUUUUUGUUGUCGUGUUGAAGGCUGAAUUCCAUUGGCUGAAUGGGAUGAUUUUGUUUGGUUUUUGGGUAUAUUUUGUUCAAGUGUUGAUAUGAAAGUGGGCGCCAAGUGUACUCUUUGCUUUGUACUCAAAUGGUGCGUUCUUGUUUUAUUACUGUUAUUAUUGAGUAUUUACGUUUGAAUCAUAGAUAUUAGAAUUCAUGUCGGCUUGGUUUCUGACAUCAGUACUAGAGAAAUCUAAAUAUUUAUAAAACGAACAUGGGCAUCAAUAUACGAUGAUAUAUUGAUUGAUAUAAUCGUGUGUCCAAACUCAGUGAUUUUGAAGUAUUGACCGUAGCCAACUGAAUUUGGAGGCUUUUCAUUUCAUUAUAAGAAAAAGAAUUUGGAGGCUUUUCCAAAUGAAUACAUGGUGGUCCUCCAAGAAUCACAUAGUAUGCUUGAAGGGUGUUGGUGAGGUUGAGAGAUGGUGAGACUGGUCCCUUUUGAAUUUGGUGAACUCUUCGGUAAUGUGUGUCGGUACAUCACUGAGGUGGGCAAAUGUUUGUUAAUUUUUUUAUAUUAAACAAUAUUUGUGAAUCUAUUAUAAUUAUCCACAACAGCGGUGUAUUGGUACAUAUCCAAAUAAAACAUGUGCCAAAGUGUUCACCUUUGAAUUUUGGUUUGAGUAUGGGGUUUGAUCUAGAAAUUCACAAACGUGAAUACAAACAUUAUUAACUGAUUUUGUUGAAUAAUAGUAUUUAUUAUAGAAACUUGUUUAACAAGUUAUAGUGAUACAUUUUAUUUUAAAUCUUAUUUAUAAUAUAGAUUCUAAUUUCAAUUCAUUGCUUUCUUAAUUGCUGUUGCUAAUUCAUCAUAAGCUACUUCCCAAGCAGUGCUCAAUUCCUCGCUCCAUUUGUCUCCAGCAACUUCCUUUAUUGUUUUCAGCAAUGCUUCUUUGACCACC